AUGGAGUCUAAAACUAGCAGAUUACCAAGCUUAUUUAUAUCACAUGGAGAUGUUGGAUAAACUUUAAAUCCAGAAACUUAGCUAUAUAAAUGUCUCGAUAAGUAUGCUAAAGAUAACAAAUUGCGAAGUAGAAUUAAAACUGCAAUAAUAAUAUCAGGACACUGGGAAGAAAAAUAAGUAACAAUCAAUCUAAAUCCUCAUCCUAAGUUAGUGCAUGACCACCCAGGCAGGUGGCUUUACAAAUAUAACUUUUCUUUAGAUACAAAUGUGGAAUUAGCUAAAUAGAUCCAUCAAAAAUUAUUGGAUAAUAAGAUUUAAGCUAAGACAACAACAUCAGAAGAUAUAGAUCAUGGAGGUUGGGGUGGACUUUUCUGUCUUUAUGACAUAGGAGAAUAACAAAAGGCCUUUCAAAGCAAUACAAAAUAUGCUCCUUAGAUAGUAUAAGUGAGUCUCCAUUCUGGAAUGGAUACAGCAUUUCAUUAUAAAAUAGGAUAAAUUUUAGAAUAGUUUAGAGAUGAAAAUACAAUCAUAAUUAAUAGUGGCUAAUCAACUCACUCUUUUACUUACUGGCAUCAUCCUUAAUUUACAGAAUGGUCUAAAGAAUGGGAAAAGUGUCUUCUUCAAAUAAUUACAGAUAAAGAUGAAAAAAAAAGAAAAGAUGCUAUAAUUGCUAUCAAAUAGCACAAACUGUAUAAUUAUAUGCAUCAUAGUGAUGACCACUUUAUGCCUCUUUUAGUAUCUUUAGGAACAUCAUAGUAUCCAGGAAAUUUAAUAUGCUUGGAAUAGUAGCACACAUUUAUGAGCUCGUGUUAUUAAUUUUUAUGA